GUAUAUUAUUUACUUAGUGUUUAUGUAUCAAAAUGACUCAUAAUAAUUGUGACCAUGCAACCUGCACAACACAAAAUGCUAAUUCUUCAGUAUGCCAGACUGUCUCUGAAAUGGAUUGGGAAAGGGGCUUGUGGUAUGCAGCCUUUUAUGGGGAUAGAGAAAGAGUAAAUUAUUUGAUUGAUAAAUCAAGGGAUGCCAAAGAAGCAGUCAAUGCCCCUGACAAUGGUGGUUACACACCAUUACACUAUGCAGCUAGAAUGGGACAUGUUGAAAUCUGUAGAACUUUGCUGCUGAAUGGAGCACUCAUUGAUGCUCAAACAAAAUCUGGAAAAGCUACAGCAUUGCACAAAGCCUCUGCUUUUGGAAAAUUAGACGUUGUGAAAUUUCUCAUACAGGCUGGAGCUUGCGUCAACAUACAAGAUGUUGAUGGACGGACAAUACUUCACAAGGCUAUGGAAAAUAAAAAUAUGGAGUUAGCAAACUUUCUACUAGCUACUUACCCUAAUCUUCGUGCGAUUAGGGACAGGAAAGGUAGAUGUGCGGUGCCAUCUGGUUACUGAAGCAUUUUAAAUACUAAAAUACUAUUAUGUUAUCCUUACUUUGCUUUUGCACAUUUUGCAAUUGUAUUUUGUGUGUAGGUGAGUAAAUAUUUAUAACAAAUCAAAUUCAUGAUAAUUAGUUAAUAUGUGCAAUAUUUUUUUUAUAAUUAUAUAGUAGCUUAUUCAUUAUUGUUGUUGCUUUAUACAAAAAAAUUUAAAAUAAGACAUGAAUGUAAACAUUCCUUAUUAAUAACAUAUUAUAGAAGUAUAUAAUCUAUAACUUAAAGUAGUGACUUUAUGUGCCCAUAUCAUCUUUUUUAUAUAAGUAAGCAUUAUGACCUACCUUAAUGUUAUCUAUUCAUAGAAAAGGAACCUUAAGGAAAUUCUGAAAGAAUGGUCUGUUUGAAUAACAAUUAUCAAAUAUUUCGUAGCCCAAACUAUACAUACACUUUCUUCCAAAUCCUACAAAGGGGUAUUAAAGGCCCGUCCAUGUCGUAACCAGCUCGUUAUGUACACACGUGUAUACACGCAAGGGUUUCGUGCACAAAAUUCGCACGCUUUUAACUGACAUGAUUUUAAUGCAUAAAGUUGUGUAAAUUGUGUCUGCUAAGGCCUAUACUUUUAAAAUUAUGUCAAAUAAGGGGUAGGUAAUAUAGUAAAAUACUCAAUGGCAGGACACUGCACUUUUGACUUUAUUUUUAUAAUUUCUGUAUAGGAAACAGGUACUUAUGCAUUAUCACUAAAUACCGAUUUGUAUAAAUAGGAAGAUAAUCAUAUCAUUUUAAUACAUUAUACGCCUAAAAUACAUAGCAUACUAGGUAAUGAUGACUAUACUGAAUCCUGAAGAAUUAAAAUAUUUUUUCUAAAAUACAGAUUCAUUAUGGUGACAGCAGAAUAAACUAAUACAUUCGAUGGAAAUGAGCGAUAGACACAUCUACUUGCAGCCAUCUUCUAUCUGUAUUAGUGAACAAAUGAUCUACUGAUGGCUAUAAUUAGAAGUAGGUACCACACAUGGCGCAUAUUCGAGUUUCUCAAAGCUAUUGAAUGACUCCGAAAGUUUGUAUCACAGAUAUUUGUAGUAGAAGUGAUGGUGUUAUGCUAAAUUUUUAUUUUAAUCUCUGAGGAGAAAAUAAAUGUAUGUAUGUAUGUGUUGAACUAAGAUAUAAAUUAAUAUAACUAUGUGCAUCUAAAUCGUUUAACUUAUAAUAAUACAGGGUGACUUUUGUCUACAUGCUCAGUCCAUGAUACUGAACAGCAUUUCGUUCAGAAGAUCCAUACAUAAAGUCACCUUGUAUACAUAUUUUAGAAAUGUUGUCACAACUCGCGAAUUCUAAGGCAAGGUGUUUUAUAUUAUAUAUAUUUUGACUUAAUGAGAUUUUUGGCUCAUUUUAAUCAACUAGGAUUUCGUAAUGUACUGUGUUACAUUUUAUUCAUGUUGUGAAGAUAUUCACAAUGUUUUUGAUGAUCACUAAUAUUGGUGUUGAAACCAAAAUUAUAUUUGAUAUCUUACACUUGAAACACCUUUUUACUAUGAUGUUUUUAUUUAUUAAAUAAAAAGCAUUAUUUUUCACGA